AAACGUGUAAGCGCCUGCUCCACAGCAGCCAUUUUUUUUAUUAUCCUCCUCGGCUCCACCAACCUCCUCUCGCGCAUUCUGUCGAGCACCUCCACUGCUUUACCCGCCCCCCCUUUCAACGCCAGGACGACUCCGAUGCCGGCGACGACGACGGCGAUCUCAUCCAUACGGAUUCAAUAAAUGGCUAAGAUUCCACUUCCUCCCCAUUCCUUCCCCUUCCGCUCUUGUAAUCCCAACCGCCUCCUCUUUGCCCCAAGAAUCCCACUCACACCCCGCGCUCCUCACAUCCUCUGCUCCAGCUCCGAUCCGCCGACCGAUGCCGAAGCCCCCUCCCUCGUUCGCUUUCUCCGCUCGUUCCCUGACUGGACCGACGCCGUGAAGGAGCUGGGCGUGCGGAAGCGCCGUCACCUGUACACCCCCGACGACUGGCGCGCUCACCGCAGCUCCAGCCGCCACCUUCGCCACCUCCUCUCCAGCCUCUCCUCACGCGUCAUCCUCUCCCUCAUCCCGCCUGUCUCCGUGCUCACUGCCGUCGCUGCCGCCGUCACUCUCUACAACUCCGCUGUCGCCAACGCCUGGUUACCUCCUGGGUUCUUUCCCCAGCUCCGGUCGUCCGCGUUGCCGUAUCAGCUCACGGCACCCGCCCUGGCGCUCUUGCUCGUCUUCAGAACCGAGGCAGCCUACUCGCGGUUCGAGGAGGGGAGAAUGGCGUGGAUGAGGAUCAUGGCCGGCGCUAGCGAGCUAGCAGGGAUGGUGAUGUCGACUAGGGGUGCGGAGGAGGAUUCCAUAGUGAAGCACUCCUUGUUGAAUUACAUCAUGGCGUUUCCCGUGGCUCUCAAGUGUCAUGUCAUUAGUGGCUCAGAUAUCGAAACGGACCUGAAUAAUUUACUCGAAGUUGAAGAUCUAGCUGUAAUUUUGAGGUCAAAACAUCGUCCGCACUGCAUCAUAGAGUUUAUUUCACAGAGCAUUCAGGUCUUACAUAUUGAAGAACAAAAACGCAACCUCUUGGAGUCAAGGCUCUGCUGUUUCCAUGAAGGGCUUGGUGUUUGUGAACAGCUCUUGGGUAUUCCUAUUCCUUUAUCUUACACGCGGCUAACAUCAAGAUUUCUGGUCCUGUGGCACCUUACACUUCCUGUGAUACUUUGGGAUGAUUGCCAAUGGAUGGUUAUUCCGGCCACCUUCAUAAGUGCAGCAUCUUUGUUCUGCAUUGAAGAAGUCGGUGUGCUUAUCGAAGAGCCAUUCCCAAUGCUCGCACUCGACGAGUUAUGCAAGCAGCUCCAGAACCGCAUCCGAGAAGCAAUAGCCACAGAGAAUUCUGUACAUGAACGACUGCUCUGCAAGACAAAGGGCCGUCCAGACGGGCAUUCGGUGAACGGAUGGCCUAACUCCAAAAACGAAGAGGGAUGAGAGCAGGAACACGGCGGGGUCGUCUGUAACUAUUCACCCCAAUCAUGGAUGCAAAAGUAGAUGGCACCUACCAUUCAAUGACACAUUGAAAGCUUUUUCAGGGCUCGCUUUAUAACAACGCCAGUGGUCGUUAUCUUUUUCAAGUGUUCGCGCAUUGGAAAAGGAUGAGAAAGCCGGGUUGAUGCAAUUACCAAUGGAAGAAGCUUAGCUUGCAGGAACACAAAUGAUGGAAUGACAAAUUUCAAACUCCUCAAAAAUCUAUAGGACAAGAGGUGUAGACAGUAUAUGAUAGUUCGAUUGCUAGAAUAUGGACAAGAGUGUCCGUUCUACCCUAAUUAUGGAUCACAGGUCUGUAAAUACUCUUCUAUAUCGAACAAAAUUUCAAGCUGUUCUACUUCUUAUGUUUCUA